CCGGUGAUGUGCGUGUGCGGAGGCCUCGCGGAAGACAACGCAAGGUUUAUCCUCCUCGCUGUCGUCCUGUCAGCUUACAUGCUCGCAGGCGCGACUCUUUUUCAAAUACUAGAGGGUGAUCUUGAAAUACGACAGGCUGCAGAGUUUUGGCGGGUGUACCACGCUUUUCGAAAGCAUCACCUGCGUGGUAGUCCACUAGCGCUUCAGAGAUUACACGAACUUCUUUACGCCUACGGAAACGCUUCCUCUGCCGGUAUCAUUAACAAAAGACGACGUUGGGAUUUUCCUGGUAGCUUUCACUUCGUAGGCACCAUCGUUUCCACGAUUGGAUAUGGAAGUACCGCUCCUCAAACCAUGGCAGGACGAGCAGCUGUUGUUCUUUAUGGAUUCUUUGGUUGUUCUGGUGGUAUCCUGUUCUUCAAUCUGUUCCUUGAAAGGAUCAUCACAUUUCUGGCUUGGAUUUUAAGGAGUAUUCACUUGUAUCGCGUAAGAAAGCAUCUUCGACAAAGUUCGACGUCCUCUCGACGAGUAUCCAGAUUAUCCAAUCCAAGAUCGUCUCUUCCGGAUAUUCUCGACGAUGACGACGAAGUCAGUUUAGAACAGUGGAAACCAAGCGUUUAUUGGGUCAUGCUAUAUCUCUUAUUAGCUUCUUGUCUCACUGCAUGCAUUGCUGCUGCGGUUUAUGCACCGCUAGAAGGCUGGGAAUACUUCGACGCUCUCUACUUCUGUUUCAUUAGCUUUACCACCAUCGGUUUCGGUGAUUUUGUCAGUACACAGAAGAUAAAUUAUCCAUAUGUCCAUUGGUAUAGAUUUGCCAAUUUUGUCUUCCUCGUUAUCGGCUGUUGCUGUAUUUAUUCAUUACUGAAUGUAACUUCGAUAAUUAUCAAACAAGGUUUGAAUUAUGUGAUAGACAAGUUACAAUGUGGUAAUCAAGAUCUUGCUGCGCCUCAUCUACCUAGAAGAAAGUCAUCCGUGUCUUCGAUAUAUUAUUCCAAACGUAGGUCUAUGAAACUCGUUGCUAAAGAUUCGAUCAGAGCUGCGGAGGACGAUUCCGAUGGUUCCAGACGUAUGUCUGGAGAAUUGAUCUCCAUGAAAGAUUUCCUCUCUGCCAAUAAAGUAUCCUUGGCUGUGAUGCAGAAACAACUUUACGAGACCGCUCAAAUGCAAAAAGGUGGUUGUGGUCCAAUAGCAACGACGCCAAACCAUCAGGCAUCGGUGUUCAAACCUGGUGCAGUUGGUCCAUUAGCGAUUGCUAGCGAAAAAUUUGAAAAUAAAAGUUCAAUAAAUAGGUAGAAAAUAAGUUAAUGAAUCGUAGCCAUUUCACUUACUAGAUUU